GUGGUCUAGGUGUCGGUUGCCUUCCCUCUCUUUUCUCUCUCUCUCUCUCUCUCUCUCUCUCUCUGCUGUGUUUUGCUUUUUGGGUUUCGGCCAAAAUUCCCAUACGCUCCUCAUUUCUACGGCCAUUGUAGAUCACACUCCUCUUUAUCUCUCUGUCACUGCAUUGUGGGUGUCAUUCAUUUCCACUGUGUUUUCUCCUGAUUUGCUGAAUUUGUGGGUGGGUUUUGGAUUUGGGAUCUCUUACUUCAAUGUAAGUCUCCCGCUGUGUUUGCCAAAACUUGGGUAGAUCUCUGUCUCUAUCUGGGUAUUUUCAGGGUUGGUCAGUGGAAUAGUGAACACCUACUUGAGCUGUUGCUUCUGGGUUUGCUUCGGAUCUUGGGAAGAGGAGGUGGGGGAUGGUGGAUCUGAGUGAGAAAGGGUCAGAGUCGGAAGACAUGAACAACAAAAACCCAGAUGCUGUUUCGUCGGCUGAGAGCCAGGUUAACGAGCCGAAGAAGACCUGCGCUGAUUGUGGCACCACCAAAACCCCUCUCUGGAGAGGCGGUCCAGCUGGGCCUAAGUCUCUGUGCAAUGCAUGUGGUAUCAGAAGCAGGAAGAAGAGAAGAGCCUUCCUGGGGUUGAACAAAGGAUCAACAGAUGAUAGAAAAGCAAAGAGAAGCAGCAACCACUCCCAUAACAAUGGCGGCGGCAACGGGAACAAUAAAUUGGGGGACACGCUGAAGAGGAGGCUCUUCGCAUUGGGAAGAGAGGUGUUGUUGCAGAGAUCAACAGUGGAGAAACAGAGGAGGAAGCUGGGAGAAGAAGAGCAAGCGGCCGUACUGUUAAUGGCUCUGUCUUACGGCUACGUCUAUGCUUAAAAUAUUAGCUGUAGUAGUAGAGAAGUACUAGAAGUGAACAAAUAGAAUCAAGAGCGCCACAAAGUGUACCUACCCACCAUUUCUUUUGAUGUCUCUUCCCUUUUUGUUUUUGUUUUUCAAUUUUUGGUCUGUUCUUUACACAACUCUUUUUUAGUUUUAACUUUCUAACUGUUUUUGGGAUUUGGAGAGGAGAGGGUGAAGUUGAUGAAGAAGAAGAAAUUGUAAGAAUUUGAGAGUGAUCUGUUUUUUGCUAACAUAAUAUUUCAUGUUUGCUCUAGAUCUUAUGUACUCUUCUUUUUGAAAAAAUUUCCAUGGAUUUUCUCCA